AACAAUUAUAGCUGAGUCUGAAGAGGAGUGAGAACACAUGCCCCAACUUCAGUACAUGGAUUGAGUCCAGCGUUGGACAUCCGCCAUAUCACUCACUCGCCACGCACACCACCGACUUACUCAUUCACACACUCACUCACUCUCUCUCUCUCUCUCUCUCUCUCACACACACACACACGCACAGAUACUCCCAAUUUCACACUUACUUUCUCUUUUGGAGCAUCACCAAUCCCCUGGAGAAAGAGACUACUACUUUCGCCUGGAGGAAAGACGAGAGGAGACUAGAUUGGACUGACUGCUCUUCCCUCAUUUCCUGCCCGCCUUGAGUAGUGGUGGAGGUGGAGGUCGGUGGAUGCUUCCAAAUCCAUUAAUGCAUGAUACUAGCAGCCAAGCCGUGUGCCUUGAGAGUCGAUCGUUCAAGCAAAGGAAGAAUAGACCAGGAAUGCCGCUGUCUUCGUUGCAAUCAGGUGAUCGAAAGAUCGCCAUUGCCGUUGACUUGAGUGAUGAGAGUGCUUACGCAGUCAAAUGGGCAGUAGCUAAUUACCUGCGUCCCGGAGAUCAGGUUGUAAUUCUCCAUGUAAGAGCUACUGGGGUUCUCUAUGGCGCCGAUUGGGGGGCUUCGGACCACAUUCUUGAAUCGGACAAAGAGGCGCAACAAAAGAUGGAAGACGACUACGAUGCAUUCACGGAAUCCAAGAGCUCAGAUUUGGCAAAACCUCUUUCAGAUGCACGUAUCCCCUACAAGAUUCACAUUGUAAAGGAUCAUGACAUGAAGGAAAGAAUCUGCCUGGAGGUGGAACGCUUGGGUGUGAAUGCAGUUAUUAUGGGAAGUCGUGGAUUUGGCGCUGCUAAGCGAUCUCGAAAGGCUCGUCUCGGAAGUGUAAGUGAUUACUGUGUUCAUCACUGUGACUGCCCUGUGGUGGUUGUUAGAUAUCCCGAAGAUAAAGAGGGGGACGCAGCAGGAGCAUUGCCAGCGCCACAACCUACGAAGUCAACCUCCCUUAAAGCGAAGACAGGUAGUGGGAAAUUAGAAAGUGGUAUCCUUACUCCAGAGCCUCAGAUUCCAAACUCCCCGAAGGUACAUGUUCCUAGUCCGCCGAAUGCUCACGUCCCUAGUUCGCCAAAGGCCCCAGUCCCUAGCCCAGCACCGGCCGAGAUGACCAACUCACCAAAGGCAUCGGUGACUAGCUCACCUCCAAAAUGAUUCAAGGGGUUUCAUAGAUCUGGUCAAGAACUUCAAUCAAUGAAGGUGCCAACUGCAAAGAGAGCAGGGCACCGUAGGUUGGAGUUGUUGUGGGAGGUCCCCUGGGUGGCUUCUGAAAUUUCAUGCUAAGGUGUUCGAUUGUUCUUACGUGAUGUACAAGUGACGUGAACUGCUCAGCACCUGGUUAUCGCUUCCGACAGUCUGCAAAGGACCGGGAGAUUUCCUCAGGUGUAAGCUAGAAAUCUCUUCAUGAGCUCAGAUUGAAUAACUGAGCCUUUUUCGACUUGUGAUCUACUGAUUGUGGGAUGUAUUGGGCCCUUAGUUCUCUCUCCGUUAAGAAUUGCAAAACUUCUGUCGUGUGGUUCUUUAUAAAUAUAUACGUACAUAGUUAUUGCAGACUACUCCUUUAUGUCCUCAUCGUUCGUACUUUAACCCCAAUGAGCUUGAAGCUUCACUCUCAUCCUGAGAGAUCAGUCUCUUAGCAUACUCCUCCGGUGUUGGCUAUUCUUCCUUCUGUUCUAGCUAUGAAGAAGUUCCUUGCCACUCAUUUUGAUGUCAAGAAAGCAGAUGACUUGGGAGUGGAAUGUUAGUUUUCAUAUGAUGGAGGUUCAAAAGAUAGACGUUUUUGUUCCUCUUGGUGAAGGCAGCAGUAGCUUCGGGGUCAGGUGGGUCGAUCGACGAGUAUUCAUUUGGUCUGAUAGUUCAAGAUAUGUAACCUCACAUCUUUAGUUUAGGUUAGCUAGCCUUGAGUGAUUGUGAAGUGACGGUAGUUCAGUGGCUACUAGCUAAUGAGACUGAUCUUGACACUUUACGACGUUGACAGAAGAACUUGUGAUGGCUACCUUUAUUUGAACGACAGAUACAGCUGAUAUUGUUGCCAAAAUUAAAUC